GGAUAACUAGAAAGCCUACGAUAAACUACUACUACCAAGUCCAGAAUGCGUCUCUUUAUACAAAGUACUGUCUACGGAGCAACGUCCACGAGGGCUGCCACCCCCCGCCAAUUCUCCCAGCGAUGCGCGUGACAUCAUGACGGUGAGAGGUCGAACGAACGUGCGGCCGCACGGAGCCCCGCCCUGGUCCAAACCCGCUGCCACACCACCUAAGGGGGCAGAAACAGGCAACCCGACCAAGCGCGGCAGCUCCCUACGGGGGUCAUCACCACCACCACCGCAACCGUCACCGGAAGCUACAAGCUGCAGGUGUCUUCGUCGACCGCGAGAACGCGCUCGCACGCAGCGGCCAACAUUAUUAGCAUCAGCUCUCCCUCUCCACGCCGCUCCCGUUCCCGUUCCCGUGCCCGUUCACACCCACGCUCCUCCGCUCGCGCUCGCGCUCGUCCCGCUCGCCGUCGCUCAUCGCCCCGUCGUCCCGCAGCCGUUUCCGGCCCAUGCCCGGCGACGCCCCGCCGCCCGCGCCCGGUACGCCGAACCGCGCGCUGUUCAGCGGGGGCACGGGCGGGGGCAGCGAGAGGUCGUUCGUGCCGGGCGCGGAGAGGAAGUCGAACCAGCUCGCAGCGUGUUGCGGGGCCCCCUGGGACGCGGCUGCUGGUGCGUGCGUGCGGUGACGUGCGACGAAGGUCGGACGUCGAAGGCCGGGCGUUGACGUGUGAGGACGGCGGCGACGGCCGGGCGAGGGCGGCGGAGGGAAAAAGGAAGGAGAUCAGCGGUCUAUCUCCAUGCGGACGAAGGGGGACACACGCGGGCCAGGCGGGAGAAUGGUUAACGCGAGACAUGGGAGACGUGGAUAGGGACGAGAAAAGGCACUCCGUGUGGGUAUGGGAACACGCAGACACAUAGGCAGCGCGCAUACGUCACCGAUCGCGCACCGCGAAGGCCAAGAGGGCACUUAAACUUUCGGCGAAAACAGAAACGAAGCCGGACGGGUACAAUGCGGGUACGGUCGAGAGCAAACGCGAAAGCAGCCUAACGAGGGCAGAGCGGAGCAGCGUCGGAUGGUGCGGACAAGAGACGAGAGACAAGGAGCCGCGGGGGCACAACAACAGGAACGACCACUCUCGCAGAAGAAGGG